AUGGAACCGGUGUCUCUCUCUUAUCAAACUAUCAAGUGCUUGUUGCCGUUGAUAGAAGCUAAUAGAAGAUUUCACAUAUGUAAUCGUGUUCCAUUCAUCCGCGGUUUGGAGAAGACUGUCCCAUUUGAAGUCGAUCAAUUGGUUAUCCAUGGUACUGAUAUCUAUGGUAAAUGUACUAUAAAUAAUAUCACUUAUCGAUUCGGCGUAGUCAAAAUAGUGCCAAAAGUUGGAUAUCCGGAAUCGCUUCUCCAAGACAACAGAGAAGGAGGUGCUGAAGAGGAUUCAUCUGUGCGCGAACUCAAGGACAACCUUUCUAAAUUGAAGAUUUCUGCUGGAGAUGUUAAUAGGAAUAACACAAGCAAAGUUGUUAAUUCUAAGGUACCAACGGAAAAAUUUUGUGUGGCAAUCACAAAUGGCAAAACCACUGUGCUACGACUCUUUAACAUCAAAGACGGUACUACAUCAUUGAAAUAUUUCAAUAAAGUUAUGACGACUCAGUUGGAAAAAGCAUUUAUUCCAUUCAAUGUGCAAAUAACUAAUUGGAAGACGCCAACCGAAUACGUUAUCAAAUUCCUAGCUGUCAAUAAAAAUGUUGCUAAAUAA